GUGAGGCUUAUAUCACCUCUCUUUAAUUAAAACUUCCUUUCACUUCUCACCUGUCUUUCCAACUACUUAGAAAAACAAAGGGAAAAAAAAAUGAAACAACUUUCUCUCUCCUGAAACCACACCUUUGACUUCUCUCUGUGUCUAGGAGUUGCCGCCGGCAGUUUCUUUGUUCAACCCCAAUUGGGUUUUCAUUUUCAAAUCUCUCUCUCUUGUGGGCGGCAAACUCGAAGGUUUUGUAAAGAAUUAUUGCUCCCUAUUGAAGUUGGUCAAAGCUAAGAGAAAAAGGGAAGAAAUUAUAUUAUGAUUAUUGGUUGCCAGAAAGUUUUGGAAUUAGGCUAUGGAGAUCAUCAAUAUUAUUAUUUCACAUGAACAACUUCAACAACACAAUAUAUUUUCUUCUUCUUCUUCUUCAAAGUAAUGGAAUCAGAGAGGCACAACUCCAAAUCCAGUAGGCUCCGCAAGUACUGGUUCACUGCAACAAGACACAAGACACCUCACCCAUGUUGUCCCAACAAUGAAAUUUCAGAUGGAGAUGAUUACGAAAGUGGAAACUUUCUGGAGAAUGUCCUCUCUCGGUCUGUCGAUAUGGGUCCAUGCAAAUUAGCCAAUGAAUUAAGAAUCUUCGUGGGUACUUGGAAUGUCGCCGGAAGAUCGCCGAUUGGAAGCUUGGCCGUCGAUUUGGACGAUUGGCUAAAUCUCAAAGAUGCUGCUGAUUUAUACGUCCUUGGAUUUCAAGAGAUUGUACCGUUGAAAACAAGGACGGUGGUGGGAGCAGAAGAUACAAGCAAAGCAACAAACUGGAAUUUACUGAUCGGAAAAAUUCUGAACGACAAGUACGGAUGCCCGUGGCUGACGCCGAUGACGAACACGGCCACCGGCGGCGACGGUUACAAGGUGAUCGGCGGCAGCAGAUAUGUGCUGCUGGCAAGCAAGAAAAUGGUGGGAGUGUUCAUCAGUGUUUGGAUAAGGAGAGAAUUGGUGAGAAAAUAUUACAUUUCGAAUGUGAAAGUUUGUUCGGUGGCGUGUGGAAUAAUGGGAUAUUUGGGGAACAAAGGGUCGGUUUCGGUGAGUAUGUGGAUUGAAGGGACGAGUUUUUGCUUCGUCGCCGCCCACUUGGCUUCCGGCGAGAAGAAGGGGGACGAGCGGCGGCGGAACCGCCAGGUGUCGGAGAUAUUCCGGCGGACUUUCUUCCCCAGAACGGCUAAAGACGAUGCCCAUCCACAUCCACCACUCACCAUCUUAGGACAUGAUCAAAUAUAUUGGUUUGGGGAUUUGAACUAUAGGCUGUAUUUAGAGGACAAUUUUGCGAGGCAGCUGAUAAAGAAGCGAGACUGGGAAGCACUGCAGGGGUUUGAUCAGCUAAGGAAAGAACAGGAAGAAGGUGGAGUAUUUCAGGGCUGGAGAGAAGGGAACAUAGAGUUCGCCCCAACUUACAAGUAUUCUUCCUCUAAUUGCAAUCGCUAUUCGGGUGGUCCUCUAAGAACAACAGGAGAGAAGCAAAGAACUCCAGCAUGGUGUGAUAGAAUUCUGUGGUAUGGAAAAGGAGUGAAGCAACUCUCCUAUUUCAGAAGUGAGAGCAAGUUUUCUGAUCACAGGCCAGUCUCUGCCCAAUUCUUAGCACAGAUCGAGCUCCUUAAAUCUACUAAUCCUAGAGUUAUUGCACUCACUAAAUUUCUUCCCUCCAUACCGCCUCCCAAACAGAAGGUGAAGGGGGAAACUAAUGAAGCAGCAAAAUCUACCUUGGCAGCAUUGAUGGUGAAGGAUAGGGAAGAAUCAUAUAGAACAAACAUAUAGAACCAUUACAGAGGUCAAAGAACGGCUGGGAAGCUUGGCUUUUAAGUUUUAUGGCUGCAGGCUGGGUUUGUAGAGAGAUGAAGUGACAUGAACUAUCCUGGUGUCUUUCUAGUUCACUUCAAUUUCUAAAAUUUUUUUCUACACUGUUCUUGGUUUUCAUUGAACUUGUGAAUAUAAAUGUAGGGAAAAUAGACAAGAACAAAAAGUAGCUAUGCAGAAUAUUGACAUACUGAGAAAUUAGCACUGUGUGAGUAUCUAAUAUGUGUUUCCUCUGAAGGAAAAAACUUCCAAAACGUAGUUUGCCUGCUGAUAUUAUUUAGCAUGCUACUGCAAAAUUUGCAACUACAAUAUGCACAUACGGCAUUUGAGUACCAUAUCUCAGAUGCAACUGUCCACAACUCUGUUUGCUUCUUAGAAAAAAAUUCAAUUGCCCUCAUCAUUUACCUGAA